AUGACGCGAAAUAUUCUCAUCGUCGGGGCUACUGGCCAACAAGGCAAAGCCACCAUCGACGCCCUAUACAAGACCCUUAGCAGCUCGCCUGGACAUGAAGACACCAGAGUCCUUGCGUUGACAAGAUCUAUUGAAUCGCCAAAGGCUCAAUCUCUCCAAGCAGAGUAUCCAGCAAUUACCCUUGUGCAAGGAGAUACCCAGACGCCGCAGCCCAUCUUCGACCAACACCCAACCAUAUCAUCGAUCUUCGUAGUUACAGUUCCGCCAAAUGAUGAGGCACAAGCACUCCCUCUCAUUGAAGCAGCAUCGUCGCAUCCAUCAGUAGAUCACAUCGUCUUCUCUAGUGUGGAUCGUGGUGGCGACGAGACUAGCUGGUCGCAACCAACUGAGAUUCCUCAUUUUGCCGCCAAGCACCGCAUUGAGCUCCGACUGCAGGAACUAUGCAAAGAGAACAACAAACGAUGGACCAUCCUGAGACCAACUGGUUUUAUGGAUAGCUAUAACCCUGGUUUCUUUGGUCAGAUGAUGGCGUCCCUUUGGGCAGAGGGAAUGCCAAGAGAUCGAAAGAUGCAGUUGAUUAGCACACAUGACAUUGGUGUGUUUGCAGCAAAAGCACUUUUGAACCCAGAUGCUUGGGCGGGAAAGGCAACGGCUUUGGCGGGUGAUGAGUUGAGCUUUUCUGAGCUACAAGAGAUCUUCCGAGAAGUGGUUGGAGAGGAGCUACCCCAGACAUACAAAGUUGUAGCAUACCCCGUUCUAUGGAUGGUGAAAGAUGCCUCAAAGAGUUUUGAGUGGUUUAGAAAUGCGGGUUGGAAGGCAGAUAUAGAGACUUUGAGGGCACAGGAGCCUGGACUGCAGAGCUUUGCGUCUUGGCUGAAGGACUCCAGUAAAUGGAACUGCGUUUAG